CCUGUUGCACUCGCCAAAUACACUCUCCAGUCUUGCACAGGUAAAGUUCGCAGAAUUGGGUCUAGGGGUUAUCGGACAUCAGCAAUGGAGCCAACGGGCGAAGCUGGUGCCGCUGGUGUACAAGUCAAGGAUGAUCUUGCAGAAAAAUGUCAGAAACUAUUUCUGGAGUUCUUGGAAGAGUUUCAGGACAAAACUGGGGAGAUUCUGUACUUACCGGACGCACAAGAGCUCAUCCGACCCGAAAGGAAUACCUUAGUUGUCAGCUUCACCAACAUCGAACACUUCAACCAGCAGUUGGCUACCACCAUCCAAGAAGAAUACUACAGGGUGUACCCGUUCCUCUGCAGAGCUGUGCGCCAUUUUGCCCGUGACCAUGGAACCAUUCCACCCUCCAAAGAGUUCUACGUGGCCUUCUCUGAAUUCCCAACCAGACACAAGAUUCGAGAGCUCACCACCUCCAAGAUUGGCACGUUGACCCGCAUCAGUGGGCAGGUGGUGCGUACCCACCCUGUGCACCCCGAGCUGGUGAGCGGCACCUUCCUGUGCCUCGACUGCCAGUCUGUCAUCAAGGACGUGGAGCAGCAGUUCACCUACACCCAGCCCUCCAUCUGCAAGAACCCCGUCUGUGCCAACCGCAAGCGCUUCAUGCUGGACACCAACAAGUCGCGAUUUGUUGACUUCCAAAAGGUGCGUAUCCAGGAGACGCAGGCUGAGUUGCCGCGGGGCUCCAUCCCCCGCAGUGUGGAGGUGGUGCUGAGGGCCGAGGCCGUGGAGUCGGCCCAGGCUGGGGACCGCUGCGACUUCACCGGGGCCCUCAUCGUGGUGCCGGACGUGGCUGCUCUCGCCAUGGCAGGUACAAGGGCGGAGACGAGCAGCAGAGUGACGGGGAAGGAGGGCUUUGACGCCGACGGGCUGCAGGGGCUGAAGGCCUUGGGCGUGAGGGAGCUGUCAUACAGACUGGCCUUCUUAGCCUGCCACGUGGCCCCCACCAACCCCAGGUUUGGCGGUAAAGCCCUACGUCCAGAGGACCAGACGGCUGAGAGUGUAAAGAACCAGAUGACGGUUCAGGAGUGGGAGAAGGUGUUUGAGAUGAGCCAGGACAAGAACCUCUACCACAACCUCUGCAGCAGCCUGUUCCCCACCAUACACGGAAAUGAUGAGAUCAAAAGAGGAAUCUUGCUGAUGCUCUUUGGUGGUGUUGCCAAGACGACCAUGGAGGGAACAUCCCUGCGGGGAGAUGUGAACGUUUGCAUCGUUGGAGACCCCAGUACAUCCAAGAGCCAGUUUCUCAAGCAUGUGGAAGACUUUGCGCCACGAGCGGUGUACACCAGCGGUAAGGCGAGCAGCGCUGCGGGUCUGACGGCUGCCGUGGUGAAGGACGAGGAGUCGCAUGAGUUUGUCAUCGAGGCCGGCGCCCUCAUGCUGGCAGACAAUGGUGUAUGUUGCAUAGAUGAGUUUGAUAAGAUGGAUCUGAAAGACCAAGUAGCCAUUCACGAGGCUAUGGAACAGCAGACCAUCUCCAUCACCAAGGCUGGAGUCAAGGCAACUCUGAAUGCACGAACCUCCAUCCUGGCGGCAGCCAACCCCAUAGACGGCCGCUACAACCGCGCCAAGUCCUUGAAGCAGAACGUCAACAUGUCCGCUCCCAUCAUGUCCCGAUUCGACCUCUUCUUCAUCCUGGUCGAUGAGUGCAAUGAGGUUACUGAUUAUGCCAUCGCUAGGCGCAUUGUGGACCUGCAUGCCAGAAACGUGGAGUCGGUGGAGAGGGUGUAUUCCACAGAUGAGAUCCAGAGAUACAUUCUCUUUGCACGUCAGUUUCAGCCAAAGAUCACCAGUGAGGCUCAGGAGUUCCUGGUGGACCAGUACAAGCGUCUGCGUCAACGGGACAGCAGUGGUGGCACAGCCAAGUCUGCCUGGCGCAUCACCGUGCGACAGCUGGAGAGCAUGGUGCGCCUCUCCGAGGCCAUGGCCAGAUUAUACUGCUCCGAUGAGGUCCAACCCAAACAUGUUAAAGAGUCCUUCCGGCUGCUGAACAAGUCCAUCAUCCGCGUUGACUCCCCAGACAUCAAUUUUGAUCAGGACCAAGAAGACAAUGAAGACCUAAAUGGUCAGAAUGAGGUGAUGGAGGACCAGCACCCGCCUCAGAACGGUACCAACGGCACGAACGGCCACGCCAUGGAAGCGGAGCAGGCGGGGAAGGAGGAGCCUGCCGCCGCCAAGGCAACACUACGCAUGUCCUUUGCAGAGUACCGCAGAGUCUCCAACCUCCUGGUGCUCCACAUGCAGAAACUAGAGCAGUUGGAUGAGGAGUCGUCUCUGAAGAAGAGCGAGCUCAUCAACUGGUACCUGGGGGAGAUGGAGGGCGAAAUCGACUCGGAGGCCGAGCUCGUCGCCAAGAAGAGCCUCAUCGAGAAGGUCAUCCACCGACUUGUUCAUUACGACCAUGUUAUAAUUGAACUAACGUCCACUGGGCUGAAGAAAGGGGGCGAAGGAGGAGACGAGCCUGUCGUGGAGGAGGACCCUUAUCUGGUAGUGAACCCAAACUACAUCCUGGAGGACUGACGACGUUACUGAUGACCAUAUUCACCAUGCUAUGAUAUACUGACGAAGUUACUGAGGACUAUAUUCAUGAUGCUAUGAUAUACUGACGAAGUUACUGAGGACUAUAUUCAUCAUGCUAUGAUAUACUGACUACGUUACUGAGGACCAUAUUCAUCAUGCCAUGAUGUACUGACGAAGUUACUGAGGACCAUAUUCAUCAUGCUAUAAAUCUGAAUCCUGGCUCAUCAUGACUCAUGACAUGUUUGGUGGUGAUGUGUCGUUUGUAUACAGUGUGUCUAUGUGGACUUUGUGGAUAUGUUAUAUGUGUGUAUAUUUCCAUGUGGUGUUUGUGGAUAUGCACUGUGUGUACAUGUCUGAAAAUAAAGAACUUGUGAACAUGUA